GUUACUCAUUUCUGUGGAGUACUAAACUGCUGAAGGAGCUCUCCUUUGCAAGUGAAUUGUUUUCUUACCAUUGGGAUUAAGACAUCUGUUUACGUAUCUGUAAAGUAUCAAUUUUGGUGUUAGUAAAACAGAACUAUGAAACUGGAGGUACCAGAAACCUUUAAAGAUGUUGCUGUUGAGUUUUCAAGAGAAGAAUGGCAAAUACUGAGCAAAGAGGAGAAACAGCUACACCAAGAGGUGAUGGUGCAGAAUUAUGAUCACAUGGUGUCAAUAGGAUACGAAGUACCAUGGGAAGAACUAGGGAUGCUGCUUGACCCUGAUGAACUUACAUUUAGCAUUAUGGAAGAAAAUGCAACAUCAGUUCAACUAGAUCCUUGUGACGUCCCCCAAACAAUCCACAGAUGGGCAGAAUGUGAAGGUCAUCAGAGGUCAUUGUCAGAGGAUCACAUGAAUUCUGAAUGCACUAAAAGGGUCACUGAUAGCAUGACAGUAGCAGGAUAUGAGGAUGUUCUCCACCGAAACCAACAGAAUAAGUACAUGGAGUCUGACUUGAGUUUAAGCCAGAAUAAUGAGCUAAAAGGUCAUCUACAAAGGCAUGAAGUAAAGGAAUUAUGCAGAUACAGUAACUGUAAACAGAGGGCUACAUUUCCGUUUACUUGUAGAACACGUGUUAAAACCACUCAGAGAAAUAAUGGGUUUAACUCCUCUCACUGUUUGAAUAUUUUCAAGAAAUGUAGAGUCAGUAAAAGUGAUAACUAUAAAAAUAUACAAGUAACACACCAACAGUUAUUCACAGGAGGGAAACCUUAUGAAUAUGGUUCACGUGCCAAAAGCUUCAUAAAAAAGGAUAAAUCUAUAAUUAUUCAAACUGGUGAGAAGCCAUAUAAGCGUGCUGUAUGUGAUAAGAAUUUUACACAGAAGAUUAACUUUACAUUGCAUGAGAAUAUCCACAAAACAGGAAAGCUGUUUAAAUGUAUCCCAUGUGGCAAGAGUUUUGCCAGGAAAAGCAGCCUUACAAAUCAUGAACGAAUGCAUAGAGGAGACAAACCUUAUAAAUGCACCACAUGUGAUAAGAGUUAUGCAUGGAAGUGCAAUCUCAGAAAACAUGAGGGAAUUCACAGUGGAGGGAAGCUAUAUAAAUGUACCACAUGUGGUAAAAGUUUUGCAUGGAAACAGAACAUUGCAGUCCACAUGAAAACACAUGUUGUGGAUAACCCAUGCAAGUGUAGCAUAAGCGGCAAGAGCUUUCAUCGGGAACACUGUACUGCAUUCCACAAGCAGCUUCACACUGGGGAUAAACUACACAAAUAUGAUACAUGUGACAAGAGCUUUACAGGGAUGAGUGACCUUAUAAUUCACAAGAAAAUCCAUGGUGGGAACAAGUCCUGUAACUGUAUCCAUUGUGGCAAGAGUUUUGCCAGUAGAAGCAGUCUUACACAACAUGAAAAAAUCCAUAGAGAGGUCAAACCUUAUAAAUGCACCAUAUGUGGUAAGGGUUUUGCAUGGAGUAACACUCUCAAACAACAUGCACAAAUUCACAGUGGGGAGAAGCCAUACAAAUGUACCACAUGCGGUAAAAGUUUUGCAAGGAAACAUUACAUUGCACUUCAUAUGAAAACUCAUACUCUGGAUAAGCCAUAUAAGUGUAAUACAUGUGGCAAGAGCUUUACUUGGAAGCACUGUAUUACAAUCCACAAAAAAACUCACACUGCAGAUAAACCAUACAAAUGUGAUACAUGUGGCAAGAGUUUUACUCACAGAUGCAACCUCAAAGCCCAUGAAAACGUACACAUUAAAUCAUAUUUCUGUACCAUGUGUAGCAAGAGUUUACACGGAAGGACCGCCUCACAAUCCAUGAGAAAAGUCACAGAGGAGAGAAGUCAUAUGAAUGUACAUCUUGUGGCAAACGUUAUGCACGAAAGGACAGACUUGUUCUCCAUAAGAGAAGACACAUUACAAAAAGCAUAUAAAUGUUCAAUUUGUAGCAAGGAUUUUACACAGAAGGACAACCUCCUAACCCACAAGAAAGUCCAAAGUGAAAUAAAUCCUAUAACUGUACCACAUGUGGAAUGACUUUUAUACAGAAGGUCUGCCUGAAAGGCCAUGAGAAGAGCUACACUGGAAUCCAGUGCGCAGUAUUAGAACAGACCAGGAUCAAGUAUGCACUAUUGGAGAUAACUCUCUGUCACCCUUGCUAUU